AUGAUCAUAAAAACACAGGAGCAGGAGAAGAAAGACGAAGAGGUGGAGGAAGAGCAGGAGCAGGAGAAGAAGGAAGAUGAAGAGGGUAGGUUCUAUGAAAGAUCAAAUCGUACUCGUGAAGGCGAAGGCCCCGACCAUGGAUCAGUAUCUUCUAGCUGA